UGUGGUACAAGGUUUUGCAAUACAUCACUUUACAAGAAACGUCAAGCAAGAUUUUUGAAAACUAAUUUUUGUCUUGUCUUUGACAUAACCUCAAAUUGGAACCGCUCCCGCUAAUUGUUUACAAUUUUACAUUGAUUAAAAAUAGUUCAUAUUUUGAUUUGAUAUCUAUCAGAUUUGGACCCGUAUAUAAAAAUCUGGUAGCAAUGGCUGACGAUGGGGAAAAUGUAUCUGUAAUGACCGUAAAGGAACCACUGGAUCUCAUUAGACUUAGCUUGGAUGAAAGGAUAUACGUGAAGAUGCGCAAUGAGCGUGAAUUGCGAGGAAAACUUCAUGCCUAUGACCAGCAUUUGAAUAUGGUUCUUGGUGACGCUGAGGAAACCAUAACAACAGUUGAAAUUGAUGAGGAAACAUAUGAAGAAGUCUACAGAACAACUAAAAGAAACAUUCCUAUGUUAUUUGUAAGGGGUGAUGGUGUCAUACUUGUAUCCCCACCCGUAAGAGUUGGUGUAUAAAUAAGUUUAAUUUAAAUUAAGUUAAAAUAAAAGCCUCUUUAUCAUACA